GAAAAUGAAAAGAAUUCAUCUGUAAACUUCUGUUUGCUUUCUCAGCAGAUGAAAUAUACCCUGCAACAAGACCUUUCCUGGUCAACUUACGCGCUCAAGCCAAACGUCGGUUCUUUGACCACAUCUCUUCUGUAACCCAUUGUUUAUGUUAAGGGAUCUCAUAUGCUUUGAUCUAUUCAUUUGGAAAAAUGACUCAGCCGAGGACUUUUAGUCAAAAGGACUUCUCUUUGGGUUUUGGGAAGGAAGCUUUGGAUUAAUCGAGCUUCUUGGAGCUAUUAUCUUUCUGCAUUUUCAGUUUUGGAUUUUAAUUCAAAGUAACUUUUACAAGAAACGGAUUGUUUCACAUUCGAUUUCCUGUUUCCUCUGAGUGUGGUUGACCACUUGAUUUGAUUUUUUGAUGAAGUUCAGUAACGGGUCACUAAGAUUUCGGAUUAAAAGUUUAUUGAGACAUCUUUAGGUUUUCUGGGUGGACAUAUACUUCGUUAGUUGACUAUUGCUACUGAGAGUUGAGCGAGAAGGAGGGUAUUUUUGGGGGGGCUUUUAGGGCUCCAAGGAUUUACUGAGAUUGAUUUUACUGAUGAUCGAUGAAAAACACUGAGAGGGUUUUGAAUGCCAAGUCAGGAGCUAAUGUGUACUAAUAGAGCACUUUUAUUAGUUUUAUCUCUGGUUCUGCUUGUCACUUCGAAGGGAACUUGCCAUGACUACAAAAGUAGGCCAGAAGAGGAUAUAUUAUUCAGGCUAAUCAACUCCAGGGAUAUACUCCAUGGCGGGGCUGAGCUAGUAUGGCUAAACUGUGGGAUAGAACUGAUGCAUGCAAAGGAAGCAGUUGAAGACCAUGAUUUUUUCGUCCUAGAGGAAAAGUAUGGUGAGAAUAAUGAAAUCAGUUCUGGAAGUAAUUGGCAGUCACCCAAAAGUGAACUUGAAACCAUUCUGCAUCCACUGGUGAAACAAUCCCUACUAGAUUGUUUAUGUAGAAAUGAUCUUGAAUUUCUCGUCUCUGGGGAGGAAAGGGGUCCAAAAAAUUGGUAUGCCCAGUGUUUGGAUAUUUUAUUCUCUUGGUUUGGUGAUACUCCCAGACGUCGUGAACUAGUUCAGAACAAUGGGGAAGCACCUGCGCCAUCUCCGGUAGCGACAUCACUUGGUGCAGGUGCAGCAGUAGCAGUUUCAGUCUCUGACACCCCACCACCUGCUCAGCCUCCCAUACUGCCAUUCUUCCCGGUAGUUGUUAGUAACUCAAGCUUGCAACCUGAAGUUAGUGGGCCUUCUAAUUCAGAUGUUGUACCAUCAUCAAAAAAGGAAACUACCAACCACAGAACAGUGGCAGUUGCUGUAUCUGUCACUGCUACAUUGACAUUUUUUGUAGUUUCCCUGCUGUUUAUAUGCUAUUUCAAGUGUUGCUGGAUUGGACCCCGAAGGGGACCAAAUGAUGAAAGACCUCUCUUAUGCUUGAGCUUAAGUGACUACCCUAUCGGGAAUUCAUUGAUCGAUGAGAAAUCUAGUACCCGUUCGUCUAAACACCAUUCUAGUGGGAGUUUCUCCACUAGUCACCGCUUCAGUGGGAAUUUCUACGUGGGGACACAGUCACCCAAUAUAUCUAAAACUGAGGUUCCUGUAGAAGCUCUCUCGAGUGCUGAUGUCACCUCGGUCCAGGGCAUAGCUGGGCUACCUCCACUGAAGCCUCCCCCUGGUAGGGUAUAUCCCAAUGCCCCCUUACCUUAUGCUAACACAGUCCCUCCAGCUUCUCCUGCUCUGGCUAACACAGAUGCUCUGGCUCCCACUCCUCAGGCUAAGGCACCUCCUCCAGCUCCUCCUGCUCCACCUAAAGCAGCUCCUUCGGCUCCCCCUCCACCUCCAUCUUUACCACUAAGGCCUUCCUCUGGAGGCCCACGCUCUUCUCCUCCUGGACCACCACCACCUCCCAUUCCUGCUGGCAAGACUGGUCCACGUCCACCACCACCUCCAGCUCCUAUGAGCUCAAAGCCACCUCAGCAAUCGCAUGUUCGACACAAUCAUUCUUCAACGGGUGAUGAUGAAGAGGAAACAGCUGAUGGUCCAAAAACAAAGCUGAAACCUUUUUUCUGGGACAAGGUCCUAGCCAACCCUGAUCACUCAAUGGUUUGGCAUCAGAUAAAAUCAGGAUCCUUCCAGUUUAGUGAAGAGAUGAUAGAGAGCUUGUUUGGUUAUGCACAUGCAGAUAAAAACAAGGAGGCCAUGAAAGGCUCUCAUUUGCAAGACACUUCUAACCAGUAUAUACAACUUAUUGAUCAAAAGAAGGCACAGAACUUAGCAAUUAUUCUUAAAGCUUUAAAUGUGACAAUUGAAGAAGUUUGUGAUGCUCUCAAAGAAGGAAAUGAGCUUCCACCAGAAUUGCUUCAAACUUUGCUGAAGAUGGCACCGACAUCUGAAGAAGAGCUGAAGCUGAGAGCCUAUAGUGGAGACCUUUCUCGGCUUGGGCAUGCUGAGCGAUUUCUGAAAGCCUUAGUUGACAUUCCAUUUGCCUUCAAGAGGCUAGAAUCGUUGAUUUUUAUGUGCACUCUUCAAGAGGAGGUGUCAAUGAUUAAAGAAUCAUUUGCUACAUUAGAGGCUGCUUGCACUGAACUACGGAAGAGCCGGUUAUUUCUCAAACUACUGGAGGCAGUUCUAAAAACUGGGAACCGCAUGAAUGACGGAACAUACCGCGGAGGUGCUCAAGCAUUCAAACUCGAUACACUACUAAAACUAUCAGACGUGAAAGGGACAGAUGGAAAGACCACACUUUUACAUUUUGUUGUACAGGAGAUCAUCCGCUCCGAAGGAUCACGGUCAGCUGCCCGAGCAGCCAAGGAACCAAAGGGCACAUCUAGUCCAGUGUCCGAUGAUGUCCUUCAGGAUUCGGAAAAUUACCAUCGAGCCCUCGGUCUACAAGCUGUGUCAGGUCUGGGUAAUGAGCUUGAGCAUGUCAAGAAUGCCGCAGUGCUUGAUGCUAGUGAGUUGACAAGCACAGUGGCCAAUCUCGGCCGUUCUUUAGUAAAUGCAAAGAAUUUCCUGAGUUCAGUCAUGGACCAAGUGAACGAGGAAGAUGGGUUUCUCCGUACACUACAGAAUUUUGUGCAUAAUGUUGAAGUUGAUGUCACGUGGCUGUUUGAAGAAGAAAAGCGGAUAAUGUGUCUUGUUAAGAGCACCGGUGAUUAUUUCCAUGGGAAUGCUGGGAAAGAUGAAGGGUUGCGAUUAUUCGUCAUAGUUCGUGAUUUUCUGGUAAUACUUGACAGGGUAUGCAGAGAAGUAGGAUCUGCACAAAUGAAGCCAAAGUCGUCACCACGAAAAUAUAAUAUGGCCGUUGGCCCUUCAGAACCCCAAUCUCCCUCUGAUCCGCGGCAUAAACUUUUUCCUGCAAUUAUUGAUAGACGAUAUGAUGAUGAGUCCAGUUCCGAAGAUGAGGCUUAGUUGUAUCAGGUUUCCAUGCCUUGAUCUCUUUUUGUCAUUCUUUACUCUCAAUUGUUUUUGCUUUGUAAGUUUGAAGUAGAGUGGGUGGGAGCUUGUCAAACAGGAGGCUGGAUUUUAUCUGUAGCACAAACUUCUGUAAUACAAAGACCAUCUGCAAAAUUGCAGGUAGUGAAGAAACACCAUUGCAAUAGGUAGGAAAAUCAUUGUAGUUUUUUAAUUAAUUUCGUUUUUAUUUGUUUAUUUUAUUUUGUAAUUAAUGGAAGGCCGUUCGAUCAUUAUUUUAACUAUCAUUCGUG